AUGGCAAAAGGCACCAAAUAUGUCAUGGCAUGCAACCACAUGAUCAAACCGACUAAAGGCAUCCAUGGAAGACUCAUGAACCGACUAUACAAAUGUGUAGUCCUCCCCAAGAUGUUAUACACAACGGACAUAUGGUGCGCAAACCUGGUGUCGAAGGGAAGAGGCAAGAAAGGAGGAAGAGGCACAAGGAGUUUUGCCUCCCAAAUGGCUCGCAUCCAGAGAAUGGCAACACUAAACAUAACAGGGGGCCUUCAUUCAUCCACAUCUGACAUGUUAGACAGCCACGCUAAUGUUCUCCCUUUCCAACAGGUCCUACGCUAUACGUGCUACAGAGCCACUCUCAGAAUGUCCACCCUUCCAGAAUCCCACCCGCUGUCAAAGCACAUAACGGCGGCGUCCAAUUUCUGCAAGAAAAGGAACUACGAGGGCCACAAGAGACACCCUUCCCCACUGCACAGACUCUUCAAUGAAUUCAAGAUGGACCCAGCAACAAUGGAGAAGAUCCUACCAGCAAGACACUCCACCAAAUGGGAACCAGAUGUAGCUAUCAGCAUCGCAAGCAAGGAGAAAGAUGCAGCAAGAGAGGAGGAGGAAGCAAGCAAAGAUCUUAGGGUGUACUCGGACGGGUCGGCAAUAGACGGGGGAGUGGGAGGCGCAUCGGUAUUGAUGAGAGGGGGAGUUAUGCUCAGCGAGAGACGAUUCUACCUGGGAAAGGAGGAGGAUCACACAGUGUACGAAGCAGAAAUAGUGGGGAUGAUCCUAGCAGUCGAGUUGUUGAGAGAGGCAGGAGGAAAAGGCACCAUGGCACUAGGAGUGGACAACCAGGCCACAAUCAGAUCAACAAGCGCAUUCCAAUCCCAACCAGGUCACUAUCUUGUCGACAAGUUCCUAGACGACCUCAGAUCCCUCCUACCCAACGCGGACAGAUGA